AUGGACCGAGUCACCAGGCACCUCGUCUUCCAGAGCCCGCAGGCCGCCCCCCGGCUCGACUACGGCGACGGCUCCCUGGGCACCUCGGGCGCUGAUGGCGAAGACGACGUGUUCAGCCCCUCCCGGCACGGGCUGCAGAGAGCGGAAAACGGCUACGAGUGGAGAUUCGGGUCCAAGUCCCCCUCCGACUUCCUCGAUGGAGGGAAAGACGCCUGGACGCCGUCCCCAGACAGGGACACCAGGCUGGAGGUGCUGCGGUCGGGUGGUCUGUACGACCUCAGGGCCUACAGGGGCGAGAGGAAGCCCUCCAAGCUCUACGGGGAGGAGGAGGAGGAGGAGCGCAGGGUGCUGCCCCCAAACCUGUCGCCCGAGAAGGCGAGGGAGCUCGAGGACGAGCGGCGGGAGGUGAUCCGGAGCCAGGCGGUGCGCAAGAGCGGCACCACGGCCGAGAAGUGGAGCUCCGCGGAGGAGCUGAGCUCGGUGCCGGCGCGCGGCCCCGCCGACGGCAGGCACAAGGGCGGCUUCUCGCCCAGCUUCGCUGUUUGCUUCGACAGACCUUCCCCCGGGCGGCCCGCGGCGCCCGUUGACCCUGAAAAUAUCGACACGGAGCAGAUCAACUUCUCCGCGGCCCGGCAGCAGUUCCUGAUGCUGGAGAAGGGCAGCCCGGGCUCCCUGCUGAGCCCCGGCCACCAGCCCGUGUCCCCAAAGCCGGAGCUGGGCACCAAAGCGCAGGAGUGGCGGAGCGCCGGGACGGCCGCCCCGGUGUCCAGGGCUCAUGGUGGCCUCGCGGCGCCCCGGCCCGCCGGGAACGGGACCCCGGAGCACAGCGCGUCCCACAGGGCGCCGGCGAGGGAAGAGGGCUACGGGAGAAGGGCCGAUGUGGAAAGAUCCUAUCUCACCGUGCGGAUAUCCGGGCUGAGCAAAGCGUCGUCCAGGGAUGACCUGGACUCGGGCCUGGGGGAGAUGUUCCCCGAGGGCAACGCGGGCUACGCCAGCGAUGGAAGCACCACCGAGGGCUUUGACACGUCCGCGCCCUCGAGGGCCGGCGGCAACGGCCCAGAGCAGGGGCCGAGCAGCAGCGAGACGCCCAUCGAGCGGGAAAUCCGCCUGGCCAUGGAGAGGGAGGAGACGCUCUGGAAGGAGAGGGGCAUCCCGCGGCCGAGCUCCAGCAGCGAGCUGGUGGAGAUCCACACCAAGCCGCUCCUCUCCGUGUCCCUGUCCGCGCUUCCAGGCAGGAAGGGGAAGGACAAAGGCCGCCCUUCCUUCUAUGUGCAGCGGGAAAUAGAGCAGGAAACGAAGCGCGAGGAGGAUCUGAAGCGGCAGGGGAGGCUGCUGGGGAGCUACGAGCGGGGCCCGCGGCAGGAGCUGGAGCAGCGGCGCCGCGUGUUCCAGCCGGACGAGGCGCCGCCCCGCGGCAGCUCCGCGCCGGAGCCCGCCCCGCGCCACGGCCCCGGCCCUGCCCAAGGGAAGAGCAGCCCGGGCUACGAGGUGAAUCCCACCCAAUUCCAGGCCAACGCGCCACGCUUGGUGGCCGCUGCUGGCGAGAGGAGCCGGGAUGAUCCGCAGAUGGAUGCAGGCGCUUCCGUGGGCGCCAGCAAUUGGGCGAGAGAGGAUUCCCGGGCAGGAAGGCUCCGCGGCUCCACCCCGCGCCCCGUGGACGCGGGUGUCCUGCGCAGGGAAUACUUCUCCUUGCCCUUCUGGAAGCCCCGCGUCUCCUUCGUGGACAGCAUGGGGACGCAGAGCCCCGCGCGGAGGGAGAGGGCCGCGGAGGGGGCGGCCGGCCGCGACGAGCAGUACUCGCUGCGCACCUGGAAGCCGCACGCAUCGGCGCGCAUCGAGGAGGAGAUCCGGAGCGAGCUGCGGCGCGAGGAGGAGCUGCAGGAGCAGCGGCGGCGGCUGGCGGCCCAGGAGCGCCCGCGCUCGCCGCUGUCCUCGCAGAGCUCAGCUGCCUCGGGGGCCAGCGGCAGCUACUCGGUGUCGGGGUCCCCGCUCCCGUCGCCGGCCCUGCACCAGACGGGAGUCCUGGCGCUGGUGUCCGCGUUCACCCCGCUGCGCGUGGCCGGGCCGGGCGGCGCCGAGGGCCUCGAGAGCGGCCGCUCCGGCCCCUUCGACGAGCGGAGGCGGCGCGUGAAGGAGGACGGGAAGUACGCCGGCAUCGAGCCCGUGGACAGGAUCAACACGGAGGUGGUGGAGAGCACCAGAGUGAUCCGGCACAAGAGCGACAUGGCCAGGCGCUGGGAGGCCGGGCAGUACAUCAGGGACGACGAGUGAGGCCGCGGGCGCCGGCCCCG